AAUGCAGCAGCAGGUCUGUGCUUCCACCUGUCAAGGUAGCAUAAAAGCUCAGUCAUAGACGGCCUGGACCGCUUCGGUUAUGCAAAUAGAUACAGGCUAAAAGAAGUUUUGUAAUUGAACAAGCGUCGCAGCUUGGGUCUCAUAAACACACUACAGAGUUCUUUAAAAGUCCAUAGUUUGACCACUCUGAGGUCGAAGCGUGAUCAAGCCGGAGAUAUUUGGACACUCUGACAUCGACUGCCUCAUUUGUACUCUCGACAACCUCUCUAAAAAUAUUACAGGACACUUUCGGCUUUUUACUUCAGUUUUGCUUCUUCUUCGGUGUCCCUCGAUCAUGUCGGCCGUAGACGAUUUACGUCACUUACCUUCGCACACAGAAAACGAUAGUAACAACCUUGGACGGAGGUCCGCAAAGACGCACAUUAAAUCAUCAUCAUGGCCUCAUAACCGUAUUCCUCAAGAUACCUAUGGUCUGAGAAAUGCCGUGCCUCAGAGGCAAGCUCGCCAUGAGCGAACGUUUUCCGACAGUUACAGACCACUGUCACCCGCUCCCAUCAUUCCUCGGCCUCACUCUUCACCGCGAGCAUCAGCCCAUCUAUUGUCAGCGGCUAUACCAAACGGCGGCGCCAUGCGAUCCAGGCACGAGAAAUCACUUUUGCAUGACCUUUUGCCACCUACACCGGAUGUGGCCAAGGAGCGAGAGAAAUGGAUAUACCAGCGUCAACGAGCGCAUCGUCAAGUUAGUUUCAAUGAUACGGUUGUCAUCAUAUCCGAUGGAACGGGCGCGGAGACGCAAAAAAUCUUGUUACAACAACAAGACAUGGUCACUCAGACCACCACCCGACGGCCACAAUCUCCGCCUCCAAAACAUAUCCCUUUUAGAGCGCCUACCAUAGCCCCAAGCUCAGUAGCAGCUUACGAUGAUUCUCAGUUAGCCAUGGAUUUGGCUGAAGACUUGCCAGCCGAGACGGGGUUUUUCUCAAAGGUUUUCACAAAAGUAGGCAAACGCUUCAUGUGAUAUCCCGCUUUUGCAACACACGAAAGCAUUGUAUAAAUUACUGCAGCCGAACCCUGCGUUAGCGUGUAAUCCGCUUAAUCUGUAUAUACUGCCUGAUCUCUCUUGUAAUUAUCAUAUUACUCGCUUGUUUUUUUUUUUAUAUAAUAUACCUUUUAUAAAUACAAGAGAACACUAAGGAAAUUUUAGUUUUUA